UGAGUUUCUUGUUGCUGAUUACUUUUGGUUUUUUUUUUUUUACUCAGUUUCCCAGACUUAGCUGCCGGCUGCUGUGCUUUGCGGCACAACAUCUGUUUAUCCAGCCGAAGGGCCGUAGCGCAGUUCGUGGAAGUUGGCUCAAGUCGCUGAAUUACAACAAUUUUUGCAGGAGCGGCGUCAGUGAACCAAAGUUUUUGUAUGAGUUGCGGAUAGGGAGAGGCGAAGGGGAAAGGCCUCAAGCCUCGGACUGGAUUUUUCAGCCAUGGCCGGUAAUUUCGAUGCCGAAGACCGUGCUAGCUGGUACUGGGGGAGGUUAAGCCGCCAGGAAGCGGUGUCCCUCCUGCAGGGACAGAGACACGGCGUGUUCCUGGUGAGGGACUCGAUAACCAGCCCCGGUGACUACGUGCUGUCCGUGUCAGAAAACUCCAAAGUGUCACAUUAUAUAAUCAACAGCAUCAGUAACAACCGGCAGUCUGGAACAGGUUUGGCUCCCCCACGGUUUCGUAUUGGGGAUCAGGAGUUUGAGGCGCUGCCGGCACUUCUGGAGUUUUAUAAGAUCCACUACCUGGACACCACCACUCUCAUAGAGCCUAUUAGUAAGGCCAGGCACUCGGGCAUCAUCAGUGCCUCUGUCGUCGGCGUCCCCCAGCAGCUGGAGGAGACCGAGUUCGUCCGAGCCCUUUUCGACUUCCCCGGCAACGACGAGGAGGACCUCCCUUUCCGCAAGGGCGACGUCCUGCGGGUGUUGGAGAAGCCGGAGGAGCAGUGGUGGAACGCGGCGAACCAGGAGGGCCGAGCCGGCAUGAUCCCCGUACCCUACGUAGAAAAGUACCGGCCGGCCUCGCCCACCUCGGCCGGCAUGGGGCCCCCCGUUGUGGGAGGCGGACAGGGGGGGCACAUUGGAGGGGUAGUGGGCAGCACAGAUGGACCCGGCACCCCGCUGGCCAAUCCACUGGGUGACCCGGGCCAGUAUGCCCAGCCCGUGGUCAACACCCAGCUUCCCAACCUCCAGAACGGACCCGUCUACGCCCGGGCCAUUCAGAAGAGGGUUCCCAACGCCUACGACAAGACGGCGCUCGCUCUGGAGGUGGGAGACAUGGUGAAGGUGACCAAGAUCAACGUGAACGGCCAGUGGGAGGGCGAGUGCAAGGGCAAACGAGGCCACUUCCCUUUCACCCACGUCCGACUGUUGGAGCAACACCAUCCCGACGACGAGAGCUGAGAAACACACACACACACUCUCCUGUCAUCUCAACGACGUGCCGCACAUCCCCUCUCCUUCGUCAUCUGCAGAAAAAAAAAAAAAAAACCACAAGCACACA